AUAUUUUAAGCAGGCAUAUUCGACUUCCGUCCAUCCUCUUAAACAAAUGAUCCACUUUUAUUUGCAUUUUGUGCUCUUUGUACAUAUUGUGCCAUUUUUUCACAACAUGCAAAGAAAAACAUAUAUGUGAAACAAUUGAACUAAAAAAUAUUGGAACUGUUUGGUACAAAGGAACGAGAUAAAGGAACUACUUCCUUUUUUGAAAAGGAACGAUAAAGAGAGAUCCGGUCAAUGAACUAGAUUGCCCAACUCUAAUGGAUUUCUUCUUAUUUACAAAAACGGACACAAGCGUUAUCUUAAGUCACAUCAUUUCUACAACCUUCCAUCGGUAAUUCACUAUUCUAAAAUCUUAAUGUUAGCAGACAAUGUUAAACUUUUUUGUAAUAUUGAGUCAGGCGUCCAAGCUUCACAUUUACAAGCAAUUUAGUCACAAAUUAGUUUAGGCCACAACAGUGUUGCAUUUCAUGCCGAAGGCACAAGGAAACAUUAGAAUCUUUUCGGCUUAAUGGUCCCUUUCGUUAUUUUUUCAAAUAUCUGUAUUACUGGCGAAUUCAAAAAAGCAUAGUAUUAUAUUUUUGUUCAAAAAGUGAAAACUGCUCCGGAAAUUAAAGAAUCAAACCUAUAUGCCUACAUUUAACACUAAAACCAUCGAUUUGUACAAAAUAAAAUGUCGAAAAAAGGAAAGACCAGUGCAAUUUGGAUUCACUUUGAUGAAGAUGGUCCAAAUAAAGCAUUAUGUAAAUAUUGUAAAUUGCAAAUAAGUAUUGCCUCGGGCUCGCUUAGUAACCUCAGGCGACAUAUGAGUAGAAGACACCCUUUUCCGUCAAUAAAUAUGGAAAGGCAAGCCCCUGCCGCAGUUUUACAUGAGGAAAUAGAUGAUAUCGUGCAAACAUCAGUUAAUAAUGACCAACCUUCCACCAGUACAAUGCAAACUUCCUCCGACACCACGCAAACAAUUUCCAGUGCCCUGAAACCUUCCACAUCACAACCAAACAUCACACAAUAUAUUCAAAGGCCUCCACCUAUUCGCAAACAACAAAAAAUUGACCGACAGUUGUUAAAGAUGAUAGCUAAAGGUCAUCAUGCUUUUCGUAUUGUUGAGGAGCCGGAAUUUAAAAAUCUCGUCAGCCUCAUUUCGCAUUGUCCUAAUUAUGCUUUGCCGUCUCGAAAAUCUUUGUCGAACAAUCUCUUAGAUAGCAAAUACAAUGAGAUUCUGGCGAAAUUAAAGGUCAGCACAGAGGCUGCAUUUGCUGUUUGCAUUACAACAGAUGGAUGGACCUCCAGGGCAAAUUGUUCCUACCUAGCCAUAACAGCACAUUAUAUAGAGGGUACUGAGUUAACAUCAAAUGUAUUGGCAUGUAUUGAAUUUAAUGAAAGGCAUACGGCAGAAAAUAUUAAAUGUGCGAUAAAAGACGUUACUGAUGAUUUUGGAAUAUCGCAUAAAAUAUCAUCCAUUUUAACUGACAAUGCAGCGAAUGUGGUGGCAGCUGCAAAACUAACAAAUUGGCGUUGGAUUGGGUGCUUCGCACACUCUUUAAAUCUUGCUGUUAAAAGCUCAUUGUCGAAUGUUAGUGAGAUUAUAACCAAAGUACGCAAUGUUGUUACAUAUUUCCAUAAGAGUCCUAAUGCAUGGAAAAUGCUAGCUGAAGCUCAAAAAACAACUUGAUCAACCCGUUUUAAAAUUUAAACAGGAUGUUGAAACUAGGUAGAAUUCGACAUAUGAAAUAUUUGAACGCAUCAAUUGUCUGAAAAGUUCAGUUAUAACAACAUUGUCGUUAACACGACCGGACUUGGCAUUAACAUUCGAUGAAUGGGCCAUUAUUGAAGAAAUUCUUCCCAUCCUUAAGCCAUUUUACCAAAUGACAGUAGAAAUAUCGGCGGAAAAAGGUGUUACGCUUUCAAAAGUUUUGGUUCUAUUCAACAUCUUAGACCGAACUAUUGGCUCAACAACAUCAAAAAAUGGCAACAUAAUCACAAUGCUCUCCUGUCUGCAAAAUGAAUUAUCGACGCGAUUUGGUGAUUAUGAAAAUAAUUACCUUUACGCAGAAAGCGCAAUUUUAGACCCACGGUUCAG